GGCACAGCCGGUUCUGGUUACACUUGAGGCUGAGGGAGCUUAAUAUUGCACAGACUCAAGCACAGGGCUCCACACUUCCCUGCUACUGUGGGUCCAGCAGCUGACCACCUCUUCCCAGUCCUAAGGGAGCGUUUCACUGAACAGCCUCACCAUGCCUAAAGUCAUUGUGCCAGAGACCGAUGACAAGAUGAGGGCCUUCGCGGAGAGGGUCUUUGCAUCUGAGACCAAAGACGAGAACGUCCGUGAUGAGAUCUCUAUGUUUGAUGUGGCUGAGGACUGUCCCAUCAUCCACACUGAGAUGGCCCGUCAUCUGCAGUAUGAUGAUAACGCUGAGAAACGUAAGAAGCACUGCCGCACCAUGGCCGUGCCUGUGGGAGCUGCUAAGACAUCCAGCGCCCCUGUAGUGUCAGUGGAGGUGGACACACCCACCUACCUGGAAGUGCCUGACUUCCAGAGGGUGGCCAUCAUUGGAGACUACGCCGCUGGGGUCACCAUGGAUGACUUUGAGCUGUCCUGUAAGGGUCUGUACCGUGCCUUGACCAUCAGGGAGAAGUACAUGAGGCUGGCUUUCCAGCGCUUCCCACGCACGGCCUCCGAGUUCCUGCGUGACAUCGAGGGAGGGACUUUCAAACCUGAGGAUCAAGUGCAGCCAGUCUUUACCGCUCCUCCAAACAACGGGGAAGAUCCCUUCGAUACCAAAAACCUGCAAGAGAACCUGGGAUAUGUGGCUCGUAUGAAGGAUGGUGUCAUCUAUGUGUACAACGACACUGCAGCUGCUGACAAACAUCAGCCCAAGGACCUGCCCUGCCCCGACUAUGACACCUUCAUCGAUGACAUGAACUUCCUCAUCGCUCUCAUUGCACAGGGCCCAACUAAGACUUACUGUCAUCGCCGUCUGAAGUUCAUCAUGUCCAAGUUCAACGUGCAUGAGAUGCUGAAUGAGAUGGAGGAGAUGAAGGAGCUGAAGAUGAACCCACACAGGGACUUCUAUAACUGCAGGAAGGUGGACACCCAUAUCCAUGCUGCCGCCUGCAUGAACCAGAAACACCUGCUGCGCUUCAUCAAGAAGUCUUACCGUGACGACGCCGACCGCGUCGUGCACAAGCUGAAGGGCAAAGAGGUCACCAUGAAGGAGCUCUUCCAGUCCCUCAACCUGCACCCUUAUGACCUCACCGUGGACUCCCUGGAUGUGCAUGCUGGCAGACAAACCUUCCAGCGUUUCGACAAGUUCAACGCCAAGUACAACCCCGUGGGAGCCAGCGAGCUGCGUGACCUUUACAUGAAGACAGAGAACCACAUCAACGGAGAGUACUUUGCCACCAUCAUCAAGGAAGUAGCCAGUGACCUGGAGGACGCCAAGUACCAGUACGCUGAGCCUCGUCUGUCCAUCUAUGGCUGCAACCCCGUAGAGUGGACCAAACUGUCCGGCUGGUUCGUCAAGCACAGAGUCCACUCCCCUAACCUCAAGUGGAUGAUUCAGGUUCCCAGGAUCUACGAUAUCUUCAGAGGCCGGGACUUUGUGCCCCACUUUGGUAAGAUGUUGGAGAACAUUUUCCUCCCUGUGUUCCAGGCCACCAUCGACCCCAAGUCCAACCCAGAGCUCAGCAUCUUCCUCCAGCAUGUGACCGGUUUCGACAGCGUGGAUGAUGAGUCCAAGCACAGUGGUCACAUGUUCUCCACUAAGAGCCCCAAACCAGAGGAGUGGGACAUUGUGAAGAACCCCUCCUACACCUACUACAUCUACUACAUGUAUGCCAACAUCGCUGUGCUCAACCAGCUCCGCAGGCAGAGGGGGAUGAACACUUUCACAUUCAGGCCUCACUGUGGUGAAGCCGGUGCCAUCACCCAUCUGCUGGCUUCCUUCAUGACCGCUGACAACAUCUCUCACGGCCUCAACCUCAAGAAGAGUCCCGUGCUGCAGUAUCUGUACUUCAUGACCCAGAUCCCCAUCGCCAUGUCCCCCCUCAGCAACAACAGUCUGUUCCUGGAGUACGCCAAGAACCCCCUGCUGGAGUUCCACCAGAAGGGCCUGAUGGUCUCUCUGUCCACUGACGACCCCAUGCAGUUCCAUUACACCAAGGAACCCCUGAUGGAAGAGUACGCCAUCGCAGCUCAGGUGUUCAAGCUCAGCACCUGUGACAUGUGUGAGAUCGCCAGGAACAGUGUGCUGCAGAGCGCCCUGUCUCAUGAGGAGAAGGUUCACUUCCUGGGUACGGACUACCUGAAGGAAGGUCCAGAGGGCAACGACAUCCGUAAGACCAACGUGGCCCAGAUCCGUAUGGCGUAUCGCUAUGAGACCCUGUGCUAUGAGCUCAACCGCGUCAAGGAGGGCAUGAUGGCUGAGUAAACCUAACUUAAACUCAUCUGUUGUUAUGUAGGAAUGUCCCUACAUUUGUUUUUCAUAGUAACUCUCAAAUCUUAAAGAAACAGACCUUCUAAUGCACUGAUGCUUUUUCCUGUGGAGGAUAAAACGUUUAAUGUAUUCACUGUACAUGACCUACAGUAUGUGUAUUAUAAAUGGGGAAACAUCACGUAAAAGAAAGCAAGGAAAUAAAAUGUGAAAUAACA